AUGAAGAGAAAAUCUCUCUCUCUUAUUUUAAUAAUUUUUCUUGUCUCUAUUUUAGAUUAUCCAUUACGUUCUCCAGCCAACACCAACAUUCAUCCGAAUGCUCGAUGGCAACAGAAUGGUAUCACUGUAGCUGGAGGAAAAGGACAAGGCAAUGGAAUCAAUCAACUCUCAUGCCCACACGGUUUGUAUGUUGAUGAUGAUCAAACCAUCUAUGUUGCUGACCAAGCGAAUCACCGUAUUGUGGAAUGGAAACGAGGUGCAACGAGUGGCCAAGUGGUUGCCGAUAGAAGUGGAGAAGAAAGUGGAGAUCAUCAAUUGAAUUACCCAGUAGAUGUGAUUAUCGACAAAGAGAGAGAUAGUCUCAUUAUAUGCGAUCGUUCGAAUAAAAGAGUGGUUCGAUGGCCUCGUCGAAAUGGGACAAGUGGAGAAACAAUCAUCUCCAACAUCGAUUGUGGGGGUUUGACAAUGGACGAGAAUGGAUCUCUCUAUGUCACUGAUGUUGGAAAAAAUGAAGUGAGACGAUAUCGAAAAGGAGAAUAUCAAGGAACAGUAGUUGCAGGUGGCAAUGAAGGUGGAAAUCGUCUCGAUCAACUCUCUUACCCACGAUACGUAUUCGUCGAUCGAGAUCAUUCAGUGUACGUAUCUGAAUGGUACAAUCAUCGUGUGAUGAAAUGGAUGAAAGGUGCAAAACAAGGCAUUGUCGUGGCUGGUGGUCAAGGACAAGGAAAUGAUCUUACACAAUUGUAUUAUCCUGCAGGAGUCGUUGUCGAUCAAUUGGGCACUGUCUAUGUGGCUGAUUUUGGGAAUCAUCGAACCAUGCGUUGGCCUCAAGAAGCCACACAAGGAAGUGUCAUUGUUGGUGGAAACGGUAGAGGAGAACAAUCCAACCAACUCGAACAACCCAUCGGUUUGUCAUUCGAUCGACACGGCAAUCUCUAUGUCGUCGAUUUGGGAAAUCAUCGAGUCCAAAAAUUCGAACUACAAUUCAAUCCAAAGUGA